CCGUGAGCUGCCCCUCGCUUCAGUCAUCCUCGUCAACCGACAUGUUUCUGGUACGUGGCUUCUUCGUCGCCUCCGCGCUCUUCGCCAGUGCGCGGGCGCAGUACUACAAGCGCCUUGGUGGCUGCCCGACGCUCGGCUGCCUCUUCCCGCCGGACCAGUCGGAUUUCCUUCCCGGUCAGCUCUUCGACAUCCGCGUGGAGGUGCACGCACCGGUCAAUGGGAGCGAGGCGUUUAACGGCGGUGUUCCCGACGAGGGCUUUGUGCUGUGCAUCCAGGAGCCAGACGGGGAGUGUGUGCCGGUGGAAGAGUACUUUGGGAAGGAGGCGCCGGCAUUGGAGAAGUGGGAUUUCUCGUACUACGAAGAUCUGUUUGCGGAGGACGCUGACAAUCUGACCGGGGUCAAUGUCGCGUCGAAGGCGUGGCGCGCGGUGUCUCUUCCCAAGCCCGGCGACUACAUCGCGAAGCUCAAGUACUACGAUGGUAUCGAGACCGUUGCCAACUGGACCGUCCGCGCACCGUCCACUGAACGCAAGGCGAAGAACGUGCUCCUCUUCAUCGGCGAUGGCAUGACCCAGUCUAUGAUCACCGCCGCGCGCCUCAUCGGGCACAAGUCGAUCAACGGGCGGUACCAGUCGCUCAUGCAGAUGGACCAGAUGGACGCGCUCGGCCACCAGAUGACACACUCGCUCGACUCGUUCAUCACGGACUCAGCGAACUCGGCGACGGCGCUGUAUACGGGGCGCAAGAGCUCGGUAAAUGCGUUGAAUGUGUAUGCGGAUAGUUCCGCCACGCCCUUCGACGACCCGAAGCACGAGACGAUCGCGGAGAUGUUCAGGCGGGAGACGAAUGGCGGGCUCGGGAUUGUGUCGACGGCGGUCAUCGGAGAUGCGACGCCUGCUGCGCUCUGUGCCCACACGAGGGAUCGUGAUCAACUCGCCGCGGUAGUGUACGAGUACCUGUACAGCCCGGAGGAGCUGAACUCGACGCUGGCGUGGCCGACGAGCUGCAAGAGCCCGGAUGUCAUCUUUGGCGGAGGCGCUGAACUCUUCCUUGCGGAGGAGGAUGCGUUCGAGGGCCGAGACAUGUAUGGCGAGUUUGGCGCUCGUGGGUACAACGUCGUCUUCAACAAGACUGCUUUGGCGUCGGCGCCGAAUGAUACGAAGACGCUGGGGAUCUUCUCCACGUCCAACAUGGCGAAAUGGCUCGACCGCCAGGUGUACCCGGACAACCUCAAGGACAAGGCCAACUCCCCCACGGGUGACGGCAGCGACGCGACAGACCAGCCGGGUCUGAAGGAUAUGACGCUGAAGGCCAUCGACAUUCUGAAUGCGCAGUACAAGGAGGAAGGGUGGUUCAUGAUGUCUGAGGCUGCUAGCAUCGACAAGAUGAUGCAUGUGUUGGACUACGACCGUGCGCUCGGCGAGCUCUUGGAGCUUGACGAUACGAUCCGUGCGACCUUGGCUCACCUCAAGGCGAUUGGCGAGGACGAGAAUACGCUGGUCGUCGUCACUGCGGAUCACGGACACGGCUUCGACGUCUUCGGCGGCGCGGAUACGAUGUACAUCUCAGCGCAGGAGGACGAUCGCUCGAAGCGUCGGGGCGUUGGCAUCUACGCGAACUCUGGCUUGAGCGGGUACCAGGUUGCGACGGAGUCAUUGCCCAACAACGACACUGUGGUGUAUGGUGACCAGGGUCCCAACUUCCCUGUUCAAUGGGCCCCGCGCUACGCGUAUGCGGCAGGCUUUGCCGCUAACCCUGAUCAUCGUGAGGACUACUCCGUGAAUACGACUGGACCUCGCCUACCCGCCGUCGCUAUCAGCGAGGAUGAUGAAGACAUGAUUGUGAACGAGUAUGAUAAUCCAGAUGGGUUUGUCGUCAACGGCACUCUCCCCACUGCCUACGAUCAGGGCGUGCACUCCCUCACCGACGUGUCUGUUUUCGCAAGCGGGCCGGGCAGCGAAGCUUUCCGUGGCGUCUACAACAACAUCGACAUAUUCUUCAAGAUCGCGGGCGCGUUGGCGCUCGGCUCCUCCGAGGUGGACCAGGCGAGCUAGGUACGCAGCGCGCGCAUGAUGUCAAUUGACGACGCGUCGUCGGAGCGCAGAUAGCUACUCUCGAGAUGCAGCUCGCCACUAGGAAUGUUCGCUGUAGACGGCUCUUCAAUGCAGAAUGUCUUCGUCA